GCACGCAUGCACGGUCGCGCGGCAUAAUAAACCUGUGACAGUGGCCCUCACGAAAAAAAAGAAAAACCAAACAGUUCCAAGACAAUUCCAAACUCAAAACUAGUAUUUUUUAUCGCGCCGCUGCACUUUGCGCGACAGGGACAGCUAUAGUUCCGUCAGCACGCGAUUUCGGUGACGUCGACCGGUGCAUAGCGAAAUAUAAUAAUGAAAAGUGGCAUUCAGUAAUUUCGUUGUGUUUACGCGCGUUGCUAGUUUAUUUCGUUUGUUAAUCGGACAGUUGUUUCGGCUUCCUGGACGGGGGCAAGUGCAGUGCGACUGUGGCGCCCUCUGCGACGCAUGUGUCCCACAUUCGCGUUACUACUAAAUACACAUGGUUGUAAUUCAUGGAUCUGUCAUAACAACAAUAACCCGGUGAUGCCUUGAAGGACGGUCAGGACUGAUUCAGUGUGAAAUUUAGUGUUAUCGGGAUUCCCCGCGAUCAUGUGUGGGAGUGUGUCAUUAUUUUGGAACAGCGGUGAAACGGUCGCAGGCUCGUAAGGCGGAAAAUUGAGCUAGCGGUGUUUUUCCAAACUUAACCUACGACAAUCUUCAGUUGCGCGCGAGCGGUGCAGCCCGCACGCGCCUCGCGUCCCGAACACACGAAAAUCCACGGAAAACUCCCGAACAACCCCGAAACAGUGACAGUUCCCGCCCAAAUCCACAACGGCCGACUCCGAAUGUGUGGAAAGUUUGAAUAUCGAAUGCAAAAUAGUUAACGCGCGUUCGAUGACCUCAUAAGGUGAAACUAUUUUUUCUUUCACUUUGCUCAAUUUUGUGAUUCGCUAGACAUAGUGCCUUCUUUGUACAAAUUAUUGUAUUGAAUAUUUGUGAUGUUAAAGUGCAAACUAAGUUAAAACUAGUUAUUAAUAAGUAAAGUGAUAGUGAGAUUAAGAACAUAUUUUUCGAACACUGAUGUAUCAAAUCGACAAAUUAAAUUUACGAGCUUAUGGACAAGCGGCGGAGGGGAAAUUUUAAACGAGGCGUGGAGCUACGAUGGCCGAGUGCUCGUUCUCGCGCUGCCAACAGGAGCGACGCGCCAUCAGGAAAGAGCUGCAGCGGUGGACUAAGAACAUGGUCUACAUACUCGGUCUAGAACGGGUGGCGGAGGAGUUGAUGGGUCGCCGAAAAUGGAAAUUAUACCAAGACGGUCUCCUGCCCCGGCGAAGCGAACCCGGCGAGCGAUCCAGCGACGACGAGUCUAUGCCGGCCUCCGACGGGCCCCCACCCGCGCUCAAAAUCAAAACCAUAGAGCAGAUCAACGCCCCAGACGACGACGUGAGGCCCAAAACCGAACCAGAACCAAACAUGGAGGAGGCGAACGGCUCCCGACGGGAGACCAUCCUCGAGAGCCUCAUCAGGAAGCCGGCGACCCAACCCAAGCUGGAGUACCAGGAGGAGCCGUCAGACUGGCGACCUUCAGACAAGUGCUACUUCUGCGUCGACGGAGAUGGGGCGGAGCGCCCAGCCGCGGGAGGGGCCCCGAGCCCAGCCUCCGAGUCGGACAGCAGCUCCGUCUCCGGCGCCAAGUCGCCCGCCGCGCCGCCGCUGUUCCAGCACCUGCUGCAACUGCAGGCGCAGAACCCGCAGGCCAUCGCUCAGUUCCAACAGAUGAUGGCGGCGCUGGCAGCACUGGGCACGGGGCUCGUGCCGCCCGCCCUGCAGCAGGCCUGGCUCAUGCAGCGGCUGCAGAUGCGGCAACCCACCGAUAGGCUACCAUCAGAGAGUGAGAAGGUGGCUCCGUCAGACUCCUCGCCACCACAGUCGUCAGAGCAGCCCCUGGACCUCAGCGCCAAGUCGAGUAGCACCGGUGGCAGUCCCCCACCUAGCGGGAAGCCGCUGGAUAACAACCGGGCGAAGGUUGCGGGCGCGGAUAGCGGGCGGCGCGCCUACACCGAGGACGAGCUGCAGAGCGCGCUGCGCGACAUCCAGGCGGGCAAGCUGGGCACGCGCCGCGCCGCCGUGGUGUACGGCAUCCCGCGCUCCACGCUCCGCAACAAGGUGUACAAGCUGGCCAGCGAGGGCCACUCCGACGCCGACUCCGACCCCGAGCGAGACCCCGACGAGCCCCCGAACAACAUCAUCCUCAAGAUCCCCACCUUCCCGCUGCCCGACGACAAGUCCCCCUCCCCCGCCGCGGCCCCCGCGCCCGUCGCGCCCGUGACCCCGCUGCUGCACGCGCCGCCGCACCCCAAGCUGCUGCUGCCGCCCUCCGUGUACGCCGACCCGCCCUCCACGCAGCACCUCUUCACGUCGCUCUCCGACGUCAUCGCCAAGAGCAUCAGCCAGAAGUUCCAACAGCCGCUGGAGCGGCCGCAGGAGCUGGGCUGGGCGGGCCGCGCGCCCGAGCGCCACGUGUCCGUCAUCAAGACGCCGCCGGAGCACGCGCGCUACCCCGCGCCCGGCGCCUCGCGCGCCCCCGCCAACAACGGGCAGGCCGGCGGCGGCAAGGGCACGCGGCCCAAGCGCGGCAAGUACCGCAACUACGACCGCGACAGCCUCGUGGAGGCGGUGAAGGCGGUGCAGCGCGGCGAGAUGUCCGUGCACCGCGCCGGCUCGUACUACGGCGUGCCGCACUCCACGCUCGAGUACAAGGUGAAGGAGCGCCACCUCAUGCGGCCGCGGAAGCGCGAGCCCAAGCCGCAGCCGGACGCGGGCGCGCUGGGCAAGCCGCCGCCGCCCAAGCCGCAGCCGCCCAAGCCGCCCGCCAAGCCCUUCUCGAACGGCAUGAACGGGCCGGACGCGCCCGGCUACGCGGCCGGCUACCCGUUCUGGCCGCCGCCCGGCUUCGCGCCGCCGCCGCCCGCGCCCGAGCUGUACGCGUCGCACAUGAUGCGGCGCCUGCGCGAGGAGGCGCCGCCGCCCGCCAACGGCUCCUUCCUCGAGGGCAUCAUCCGGUCGAGCCUGGAGCGGCAGCCGGGCGCCGCGCUGCUGCAGCGGCUGACGGGCGAGCAGCGCGCGCCGGCGGGGGACGCGCCCGCGCUGCUGCGGCGCCUGGCCGGGUCGCCCGCGCCCGACGAGCCGCCCGCCCGCCGCGCGCGCGUCGACAGCUCCGACCAGCAGCUCGCCGCCGAGAUGCGCGAGGUGGUGCACCGCCUGCGCGCCGACAAGCUGCGCCCGCGCAACGGCACGCCCACCCCGCCCGCGCCCGCCUCCCCGCCGCCCGCGCCGCCCGCUGCGCCGCCCGACCGCGUCUAGCCGCGCGCUGCUCGCACCCUGGCUUCCAGUGAUACACGCCGGACACUCCAGUAGUGAAGUGAAGUUCGAUCCUCGGCCGAGGACGGCGUCGUCGGGAGAGAUCACCACACAGAUUCUGUUCGCACCGAAGCGAUUUCGAUUUCCUCAGUCUUUGUGAUAAUAUUUUCUAAACAUACUUACAUUCCGAUGGGAGGAAACCGGCUGAUCGCCGGCUAAAUGCCAAGGUCUUAACGUUCUGAUUGUUGUUGGGCCGAUUACAAUAGUGAAUGUAGAGCACCUCUCUGGAGCUGUUGCCUGUUCGCAUACACGAACACCACAGGGCCUAGUACACAACCUUGAGGUGCACUACUAGUAUCUAACGAUUCAAGUAACUUCUCAAAUAGUAAAGACAGUAUACAAAUUAAUCUCCAUAAAAAUCAAUGGAUUAUUUUACUGUUUAAGUUGUUGUAGUGACAAUAACAUUAGUACCGGCUUCAAUACAUACCUACUUACAGAUGAAUAGAUUAACCGGGUUCAAUUGAACAUUCUAUUACGCAUUUACGUUAUUUUAGAAUCUUAACUGUUUUCUUUAAAAUCUUCCCCAUCUUCAAUACUGUUUAAUUUACUAUACAUAGUACAAAUAUUCGUUAACAAUCUCAGCAUUUUUUUCUCAAUAGACACGUUACACACCAAAUACACAAUAGUUACCCCCACAAGCUCAACAAACCCACAGCUUUACAUACAUGCAAUAAUAGGUUCACGAUACAAAUAGUUGUUAGACCCACCCGCAGCAAUUAGAAACUCGAUAGGCGCAUCGAUCGACGGGACGUGCCGUGUUCUCAAUUCCAAAUCAAA